CCUAUCUACACCACACACAGUCCUGUUUAUAACUUUACAGAUGUAACUGAGCACCUACAAGCAGAAGGCAAAAUGAAGAGCUUUAAAAAGUCACAUGGGAUAGAAACAGAUGAAGAAGACAACAUCCAAAAACGAGAAAAUAACUCAGAAGCAUCCCAAAAUAUGAUCCCACUUCUACUGGAUUCAUGGAAACCAUACAGGCGACCCCGUGCAAUUGUCAAAGAGCUGCUGUUAAAGCUGAGAGAACGUUUGGGAAGUGUUUGUGGGAUUCAGUGGUAUUGCUUUGCCACUUUAGGCAUUUUGACUGCUCUCCUAAGCUUCCUUUUGGACCUCAGUGUAGCAAAGCUGCUGCGAGCUCAUCAGUGGCUUUAUGUAAAGCUGGAAGGCCACAUUCUGCUGCAGUUCCUCUGCUGGACACUAUACCCAGCAUGCCUCGGUGCUUUUGCAUCAACCUUCUCACAUAACAUCUGUCCCUUCUCCACAGGCUCUGGGAUGCCAGAGGUGAGAACCAUGCUGGUCGGCAUUGAAGUGCCUCAUUACUUGUCUGUCACUAAUAUGUUCACCAAGUUUCUGGGUCUUACCUGCACACUGGCUUCCGGCAGCACUGUUUUCCUCGGCAAAGUUGGUCCAUUUGUGCAUCUUUCCACCAUGGUAGGAGCCUAUCUAGACAAGCUUUCCAGUCUUAUACAAGGCAAAAAGAAGGAGGAGGCAGGAACAGAAAUGCUGGUUGUAUCUGCGGCAGUUGGAGUAGCGAGCUGCUUUGGAGCUCCCGUCAGCGGUGUGCUGUUCAGCGUGGAGGUGAUGAGCUCUCACUUUGCCCUGAGGCAUUACUGCCCCUGUUUCUUCUCAGCUGCUUGUGGGGCUCUGACCUUCCACCUGCUCUAUGUGUGGAGCGGAGAUGGAGAGACUCUUCAGGCAUUGUUCAAAACCAAUUUCCCCACCGCUUUACCUUUCUACCCACUGGAGAUCCUGCUGUUUGCUUUGUUGGGGCUGCUGUGUGGAGCUCUGUGCUGCUGCUACCUCUUCUGUCACCGCUGGAUCCUAAAGUUCACCAAAACAAACCGGGUCUUCCUUAAGAUGCUGACAACAGAGAAGGGUCUGUACUCUGGUCUCGUUGUUUUCUUUCUGGCAUCGCUGACGUUUCCCUUCUCUGCCGGUCAAUACAUGGCCUCCAAGUACACCUCAAAGCAGCUCCUCACUUCCCUCCUGGAUAGCAGACAAUGGAGCUCUCCGUCCCAUAAUGCCUCUGUACAACUGGAACUGGAAUCACUGGAGUGGAGCUCGUCAGGCACCCCCAUUUUCCUGUCAUUGGCUUUCUUUCUGCUCAUGAAGAUGUGGAUGUUGGUCCUAGCCUGCACACUGCCUCUGCCAGCCGGAUACUUCAUGCCCGUGUUUAUCUAUGGGGCAGCCAUAGGCCGUUUGCUCGGUGAAGGAGUUGCCUAUAUGUCCUCUGGUGGAAGGAUUUUAGGACAACAGUGGACAUCGGUAAACCCUGGAGGCUAUGCACUUGCAGGUGCAGCUGCCUUUUCUGGUGCUGUAACCCACACACUGUCCCCGGCUCUCCUGGCUGCAGAGUUAACAGGUCAGUUCAGCCACGCUUUACCCGUCCUCCUGUCCACUCUGGUGGCCAACGCCCUGGCACGCUCUAGGGACCGUCCGUCCUUCUAUGAUGCUCUCUCUAUCAGCAAGAAGCUCCCACAUCUGCCCUCGCUGAAGAAGGCAUUUCCUCAAAUUCCCUCCACACCACUCGGGCAGGUUUUGAGAAAGAAAUCAGUGCAGCUUCAGAAAGCAGCUGGUCCGGCAGAGGUCCAGUCUGCUGUCAACAGCAGCAGUGAAGCACAAAUCCCUGUGGUGGACUCACAUGAGUCACAGGUUUUUCUUGGCUUUGUUCUGCGAUCGGAGCUGCUGCUAUUCCUACAUCGCUGUCAGACUCAGCAUACGGAGGGACGGCUGGAUGAGGUCUGCAGCAUACAUCCAAACCUAAUUCUGGUAUCACCUCACAACACAGUAGAGGAGGUCUACAGUAUACUGACCAUGACUCGAGCUCAAACCUUAUUUGUGGCCGAUAAAGGAAAGCUAGUGGGACAAAUCACAUGGUCAGAGAUGAAGCAAAUAUUGGAUGGCUUGGCUAAGGAGAUCUGAGUAUCAUCAACAUGUGAUCAGCACUUCCUGUCACAAUAUUCAAGCUGACAUUAAUGCAUCUGUCUCUGAUUUGCAUGCAACAAAGCCCGCGCCCGAUAAUGAUGUAAUUUCUUCAUUCCCCAAGUGAAAAGAUGUGUGCAAAUGAACAAAACUGUAAUUAAUUGGUGGCUCAGAGGUUAAAUAUUCAUUAAAGCCUUUUGUCUUUGCCUUUA